UUUUAAUGUUUAUAAAUUGAGACAGUCUAUCUUGGCGCUAAGCUUCCCGCGUUAUUUCCAUCGGUGAAGAUUCAACUACGGACUGAUUCAGGAAGCAGCUUCUCUUACUCACGAUGAAUGAACGUGACUUGAAGAAAUUAAAGUCAAAGAAGAAGGGUAAAGAGCGACGAGCUGCUCAAAAGGCAGAGAGAGCGAGACUAGCUGCUGCUCAGUUGCUGGUCAACCAAGCCAAUGCACAGACAGAUCCACUCUCCAAGUUCCCUUCGUUUGUCAACUAUGAGCGCAAUGGCCUGACCUGUAGUUUAAUAUGCAAGAAAGUGAAGGAGCUGGAGCCAGAGUUACUACAGUGGGCCAUGAAUCUUUGCAAGGAGAAUAUGCGACCUCUGUACGAGAAGAGCAAUCAGGGUUGGCAUGAGGAUGAGAAGGUGGAGGAGAUGACAGAGGAUGCUGCUUGGUACUUGAUUGUGCUGGACAAGGCAGUAAACAAACCUCUAGCAUUUUCUCACUUUCGUUUUGACAUGGAUUAUGGGGAUGAGGUUUUGUAUUGCUAUGAGCUACAACUGGAGGAGUCAUCCCGGAGGAAGGGACUUGGGCGGUUCAUGAUGCAGGUCCUGGAGCUUAUGGCUUUCUCUAACCAGAUGCAGAAAGUGGUGCUCACUGUCUUCAAACACAACCCAGAUGGCAUGAAUUUCUUCAAAAAGUGCAGAUAUGACAUUGAUGAAACUUCUCCAGUAGAUUCCUAUGAAGAAACCUUUGAUUAUUGCAUCCUUAGUAAGAUGAACAAGAUGAAGCCAACACAGAAGACUUCACUAUGAACAAGGAAUUUGUAAUAUACACAAGACUUUACUAGCUGUUCUGAAACUGUUUAGCAUUGAAGGCCUUUACGGACAAGGCUGGCCUUAGAAGGUGGUUGUCUCCUCCAUCUUCAGGCUACAGACAAAUCAGGAGGCGCCACAGCUGCAAUGCGCGGCACCACACCCUUAUUCAGAGGGAUGCCUCGCUUUGGUAUGUAGGGUGUUGUGCGCUCCACCAUCCUGGGAAGAAAGCCAUGAUACCUGAGUUAUGUCUCUUCCAAAAAAGUGGAUGAUAAAGAUGCAAUGUUUUUUUUUCCUGCUCUGUACAGUACAGGGAUUUCUCGAAUUAUGUGAGGGGUACAUUCCUGAAGUGAUUGCAUAAAGUGAACACGAUUCCUGAACUAAACUGUACAGUACAUGUUUGUAGUACAAAUGGGGAAGACUUAGUGACAUCUACUCUGGCUGUAUUCUACAUAGUUAUCGUCAUGUCUCACAGAAUUCUUGACCGUCACUCCACUGACUCUCUUAGGGCUGUUAACUUUAAAUAUAUAGAAAGAAACAGGUCCUUGAAGUAAUUUUUUUUUAUCUAAAUUAUUUUGACAUCAUAUUACUACUUUUUAGGAACAGUUAGAUAGUGUAUCCAAACAAAAGAAACAUGAUAAAUAGUAGAAGAUUAUGCCUGACACAUGCAGGUUGUGUGCGGCAAGGUUUGUUUGUUUGAGUUUUUGGAAAACUGAUCAUACUCCUCCUGGCAGAUAUUUAUAAUAAUACAAUAUUGCAUCAAAGAAGGACAUUAUUUAGGUGUCAUUACUGAUAUUUUAUUGUUAAAUUGAUAAUAAGAACUUUUGUGGAUUGUGCUCACACAAUGUUGACAAGAGUCCCCAUCACAGAACUAAACCAGCUGUGUAAAUUGAUUUCCUUGACAUCGUGUUAUUCAAAAUAAUUCGUGUAAUGUGAAAAAAUGACUACGGUUUUUACCUAGUGUUAUUUUAAAAUCGCAUAUUCUGAACUCGCAUAAAUCGAGAAAUCCCUACCUUACUAUCAACAACAACUGUUAGAAUGUUCCCUUAAAGAGUGGAAGAUAAAAGACAUGACUGAGGCUUUGUUCUCUUAUUUGUUACCUCAUAUUCUCACUAAGAACUCAAUUGUAUUAACAUUACUUUCAACUCUUUUUGAGAUUCAAUAAAACAAAACUAAGU